AUGGGUGUAUCCCCGGCCAGCAAUCACCAUCGACGGCGGAGUUCAGUGUUGGCGGCAGGUUCCCAUUCGGCCGCUAUCGACCCAAGGGACGACAUUUUAAGGGCCACCGGGGACGGCGUCGGUUCGAAGAGGGAAGAAACGAAGUCCUCGCCGGCUGAGGACGCAGACGAGUCGGAUCUCUCCUCCAUUGCGGAAAGCGUCGAGAUGGAUUACAUUAGCUCGGACGAGGAUGUUCACGAUGACGAGGAAACCGGUCUGACGGCGAGACAGCGACGUCAGCGACGUCGUAGAAGACAGCAGCGCAGGCAGUUGGAUGCCCGGAUCGCCGAUGUCAAAGCUUCCAAGCUCGACGGGUUACCACUGGGGAUGGCGGACAGGGAUAUCCUCCAGAAGCUCCUAGUCAAUGGCGCCUUGAUCCUCAUGUGGUACUUUUUCUCGCUGUCAAUUUCAAUUUACAACAAAUGGAUGUUUUCCGAUAACAACGUCGUGUUUCCUUUUCCUCUCUUCACCACCAGUCUGCAUAUGGCCGUUCAGUUCACACUCUCUUCCCUUUUGUUAUACUUGAUACCAUCGUUGCGCCCGCAGCACCCUCACACCUCCACCCCGUCCGGGUCACCCGUCCGAGAUCAUGAUGCUUUGGAGAAAGGGCCGAUCCUCACCAAAUUCUUUUACUUUACUCGUCUGGUUCCCUGCGGUGCAGCAACCUCCCUGGACAUUGGUCUUGGAAAUAUGUCCCUGAAAUUUAUCUCCCUCACUUUCCUCACCAUGUGCAAAUCAUCCGCCCUCGCCUUCGUUCUUCUGUUUGCCUUCCUCUUCCGCCUCGAGACCCCCUCAUUUAGACUGAUAAUCAUUAUCGCCACAAUGACUGUAGGUGUUGUCAUGAUGGUCGCUGGUGAGACCGCCUUCAAUGUAGUCGGGUUCGUCCUGGUCAUUGCAUCCGCGUUCUUCUCGGGUUUUCGAUGGGGCCUGACCCAAAUCCUCCUCCUCCGCCAUCCUGCGACGGCCAAUCCCUUCUCCACCCUCUUUUUCCUUACCCCUGUCAUGUUUGUGUCUCUCAUUAUCAUUGCGCUGGCCGUGGAGGGACCUACCGAGAUUGCGGCCGGUUUCCAUGCCUUGGCCGAGGCUCGUGGCACCCUGUUUGGCGUGGGCCUUCUGAUCUUCCCCGGCCUGCUCGCGUUCUGUAUGAUUUCGUCCGAGUUCGCGCUCCUCAAGCGGUCAUCUGUGGUAACCUUGAGCAUCUGCGGUAUCUUCAAGGAAGUGGUCACGAUCAGUGCCGCUGGGGUGAUUUUCCAUGAUCAGCUCACCUUCAUCAACAUCACUGGCUUGUUCGUCACCAUUGCGAGCAUCGGUACGUACAACUACAUGAAGAUCGCCAAGAUGCGCGCAGAAGCUCGGAAGGGAUCGUGGGCGCGGAGCCCCAACCUCGACUCUGAAGCAGACGAUUCAGAUCCCACGGGCGAGCGCGGCGAAUAUCAGCGGAUCCGCAACCCGGAGACGAGCAUGCGAUACUCGCCAGAUCACGUGGACGACGAUGAGGAUGUCAACAUCACGCCGGCCGACCACCUCAAUGGGGGCCGGCGCUCGUUCCGCGUCCGCGCUAGCGGUGCCAGCAGCAACGUGCAUGGCCUAAGUAUCAAUACCUCGAACCUCAGCGACCACGAUCGCUCGCUCUCCCCGCGGGUUGCCGGCCCUUCGCCAUUGAAAUCCGCACCGCCGGUCAUUACCUCGCUUGAAGCGGAGCUUUACAAGUCAGAUCGGCGGCAAAGUUUCGGGGGCACUGUGCAACCAUCCCCGGAAAGACUGCCCCAUGGGGAGGGGCGAUCCGCCCAUUAA